AGCAGUUCUGCUCGGGGCUGACAGGGACCCAAUGGGACUCUCCUUCUGCAGGAUCCGAUUUCUCUCUGACAGAUUCGCCCUCAGGGCAUUCCCAUGGUAACGGGCUGCGCCGCUGCUGCAGGUGCCCCUGUGUGUCAAGGCCCCGGCCUGGAAAUACCCCGAGGUACAAGGUAAAUCCAAUGGUAACAAUGGGCCAAGCGGCUACCAAUGGGUCGGACAAGAAGCCACGUGGCAUCUCCAAACUAAAGGUGUUUAUCUUCGCCCUGUCGUUCGCCUACGUGGCCAAGACCCUCGCCCUCGCCUACUCCAACAGCGUCAUCACCCAGAUAGAGCGGCGCUUCAGCAUCCCCUCCUCCACCGCCGGCUUCAUCGAGGGGAGCUUCGACAUUGGGAACGUGCUGCUCAUUGCCUUCGUCAGCUACUUCGGCGCCAAACUCCAUCGCCCCAAAGUGAUCGCCUUGGGGUGUCUGAUCAUGUCCCUGGGGAGCUGCCUGGAGGCCCUGCCCCAUUUCCUCAUGCCCAGGUACGAAUACGGGAGCGCAGUCUCGUCACCAAACCAGACUACAAGUGGGGCCCCUCUCUGUCUGGCCAAUCACAGUCUCUCUAGCAGCGCGGAGCCUCAAGGAGAAUGUCGGGGCGGCUCCAUGUCCCUCAUGUGGAUCUUUGUGCUGGUGGGAAACCUCCUGAGGGGAAUCGGGGAGACCCCCGUGGAACCACUUGGCCUCUCCUACAUCGACGAGUUCUCCCAAACGGAAAACUCCCCCUUCUAUAUCGGGAUAAUACAGACGCUCUCUAUCGCCGGGCCGCUCCUGGGGUACCUAUUGGCCGCUCUCUGUACAAAGCUCUAUGUGGAUAUCGGAUCUAUAAAUCUGGAUGAGGUGACAGUCACACAAAGAGACAUCCGAUGGGUCGGCGCCUGGUGGGUGGGGUUUCUUGUGAGUGGAGCCGCGUGCCUAUUGGCUGCUCUUCCCUUCUGGUGCCUCCCAAGGUCUCUGCCCAAAGAGGGGGCAGAAAAUGGGUCAGAACCAAGUGAGACCGUCGCCCUGGCAACUCCGGAACCGCAAGGUCCAAAUACCCCAACGAAACCAGCACUCGGCCUGCGGGAAUUCCUGCGGAUGAUCCGGGGGCUGUUCCGGAAUAAGAUCUACGUGCUGUUCAUGAUCGUUACGGUUCUGCAGUUUAACGCCUUCUCCGGGUACAUCGCCUUCCUGCCCAAGUUUGUGGAGCAGCAGUACGGGAAGUCCUCCUCCGAAGCCAUCUUCCUCAUAGGUGUGUACAACCUGCCCAUAAUAAGCCUGGGGUACUUCCUGGGCGGGUACUACAUGAAGAGAUUUAAAGUUUCCACCUAUCGGGCGGCUCAGAUCGGCUUCUACUCUGAGAUCCUCACGUAUCUGAUCAAUUACUCUGCCUUCUUCAUGGGCUGCGAGAAUUCCCUGGUGGCGGGUGUGACGGUGUCGUACGGGGGCACUGGGGACAUCUCCUACAGCCAAAACUUUACCUCCGGCUGCAAUGCCCCCUGUGGGUGCCCCGGGGACGUGUGGGACCCCGUGUGUGGGGAGAAUGGUCUGGCCUAUAUCUCUGCCUGCCACGCCGGCUGUGCCACGUCUGUAGGAGAGGGGCAGAACACACUGUUCUGUAUGUUGGACUCCCCCAGAUCUUCCACAACUGCAGCUGUGUGUGGGCCUCCCCCUUCCCAACCAAUGGCAGCGCGGCGCUGGGCCAGUGCCCCCGGGAGGAGAUGUGUGACACCAUGUUGGUGGCCUUCAUGGUCAUGUCCUUCGUCUGCUGCCUCAUCUUCUCCUUCGGAGCCAUGCCGGCCUACAUGGAGCCUGAAACCUGAAGAAAAGUCACUGGGACUCGGCCUCCAUCUACUGACAGCGAGGAUUCUGGGUGGGAUCCCCUCGGUAGUUUCGUUCGGGGCGCUGGCGGACUCCACGUGCCUGAAGUGGGGGGUUCUGGGGUGCGGGGAGCGCGGCGCUUGCCGUAUGUACGACACAGACUUAUUCAGAUACCUGUUCCAUGGGAUAGAGAACAUCAUCCGGACCAGUUCCUACAUUCCCUGCGUUCUGAUCCUCCUCAUCCUGAAACGAGAGCAAGCUCCGCAGGACAGCGCCCCGCCCACAGAGAGAGUGGGAGGGACUAGAGACGACUCGGUCACAAACACAGAGAUUUGAUCCAACUGAAAUAAAAAGUUUUUAUUAAAAGAAACAUAAACCCAGGACUGAGAAAUAUUUUCCCCAAUCCACAGGCAAAACGACCAAUCCGAUCACUUUCCUAAAUCAACAAUCGGCCCCGGAUUUAAAUACAAAUAAAAUAAAUAUUCAUCAGAUUCUAAAAUA